AUGUCCAGAGAAGCCUACCAAGUCCCUUCGCUCUCCCAGCAGGGCCCAACAUCCGGGAGCACAGCUGGCGCAACCACCGGCAACGAGGUGCUAUCGGUCGUCUAUAUCUGCGGAGACUGCAGCUCGCGCGUCUCGAUGAAGCGAAAUGACCAGAUCCGAUGCAAAGAAUGUGGCCAUCGAGUACUCUACAAGGAGAGAACGAAGAGAAUGGUACAAUUCCAAGCUCGGUAG